CCGGAAAUGGCACCAACUGGGGCCACUUUCUGUACGGACAAACCCUACCAUUAGAGAGAUAACAAAGAAAAAUAACCCUUCAACUUCAACUUCACCCCUCUCUCUCUCUCUCUCUCUCUCUCUCUCUCUCUUCAUUAUUGUCUUUCUUUUCCUCUUUCAUGUUCUUUUUGCCACCAAACCCCCUCUUCCCUCAUUUGUAAUUUUGUUGUGUUCACAAAAAAAAGCACAAUCACAACCAUCACCACCCCCAAACCCAGAUUUCCCAUCUUCGUCUCUCUCUCUCUCUCUCUCUUAUCUAUAAAACAAAACCUUCUUCUUCUUCUUCAGACACCCACAUCACCAAAACAACCCCACCUUUCAGAUUCACACUCUCCCUUCAAUUUCGCAUCUGGGUUUCUCCACUUAGUUGAAGGGGUUCCCAAAGUUUGAACCUUUUUUCUGUUUAGCUUUGUGGGUUGUAUAAGAAGAACUCGAAGAAACAUAAGAAGAAGAAGAAGAAAAAGAGAAAGAGAAAGAGACUUGUUUGGUGGGUUAAAACCCUGGUUUGACGCAUUGUAGACAUCACGGCUAUUCAAAGAGUUCCUCGGCCACGAAUUCAUGCCCGUUCGGUACGACGCAAGGGUUGUUUGACGACGGAGAGCAACCCUUCGCCGCACGGAGGGCGUGGCGCCUUGCCUUCCGAAGGUGGCAGCCCCUCCGAUCUCCUCUUCCUCGCCGGCGGUGGUUCCUUCUCAUCUCUUCUAGUUUAGGAUUAGGACUUUAGUUUAGUAUUAAAAGUGAAAAUUUUCUAUUUAAGAUCUCUUUCAAGUUGUUUUCUUCUUCUAUUUUGUUGUUGUUUUUUGUUUUUGAAUUUUGCUAAGAAAAAAAACAUAGACGAGAUGUUGAGGAUUAAGAGGGUUCCCACUGUGGUUUCGAAUUAUCAAAAAGAGGAGGUUGUGGGGGCUGCUAGCCCUGUCGGGGGUUGUGGUCGGAAUUGCCUCAAAAGUUGUUGCAUUCAAGAGGCGAAGCUUCCUUUGUAUGCUUUUAAAAGGGUUGACAAUGUUAGUGGGAAGGACUUGCCCCUUCUUGAAUGCAAGGAACAACAUGUGGCCUUUCUAGACUCGCUUAUUCUUGGGGAGUGGGAAGAUCGCAUGCAGAGAGGGCUUUUCCGUUAUGAUGUUACUGCCUGUGAAACCAAGGUAAUUCCGGGUGAGUAUGGUUUCAUUGCCCAGCUGAACGAGGGUCGCCACCUCAAGAAGAGACCAACCGAGUUUCGAGUUGAUAAGGUUCUCCAGCCCUUUGAUGAAAGCAAAUUCAACUUCACUAAAGUUGGGCAAGAAGAGGUCCUGUUUCAAUUUGAACCUAGCAAUGAUGGUGAAGUUCAAUUCUUUCCAAAUGCACCAAUCGAUGUUGAGAAUUCUCCAAGCUUUGUUGCCAUCAAUGUUAGUCCUAUUGAAUAUGGCCAUGUGUUGCUGAUUCCUCGUAUUUUCGAGUGUUUACCCCAAAGGAUUGAUCAUGCAAGCUUCUUGCUUGCACUUCACAUGGCAGCUGAAGCAGGAAAUCCAUAUUUUCGAUUGGGUUACAACAGCUUGGGUGCAUUUGCAACUAUUAACCAUCUUCACUUUCAGGCAUAUUAUUUGGCUGUGCCUUUCCCCAUCGAGAAGGCUCCUACUAAGAAAAUUGCCAAAUUAAAUGGUGGUGUGAAGAUAUCUAAAUUGUUGAACUAUCCAGUUAGAGGUCUUGUCUUUGAAGGUGGUCAUACCCUAGAUGAUUUAGCAAACACUGUUUCAGAAGCCUGUAUCUGCCUUCAACACAACAACAUACCUUACAAUGUCCUUAUUUCUGACUGUGGAAGGAAAAUCUUUCUCUUACCACAGUGCUAUGCAGAGAAACAAGCUCUAGGAGAAGUGAGUGCUGAGCUUCUGGACACUCAAGUGAAUCCUGCUGUGUGGGAAAUUGGUGGGCACAUGGUGUUGAAGAGGAAGAAGGACUAUGAUGAGGCAUCUGAAGCCAAUGCAUGUAGGCUUCUUGCAGAGGUCUCACUAUCUGAAGAGAGAUUUCAAGAAGUCAAUGCUCUUAUUUUUCAAGCCAUUGCAUCUGUUGAGAUGAAUGUUAAAUCUCAAUGUCUUGAGGAAGUUGAUGCAGUUAACUCAAGCACUCAGCCUGCAAUGGUGCCUGGUUCACACGAAUGUCUUGUUCUCCAGUAACAAGGCUCUGAUGAACAAAUUCCUAGUCAUUCUGAACUAUUAAUUGCUAUAGUAUGUGUUUCGGUUCAAAUCCGUACCUUCUAUGGUGGUAGUUGCUUAAUUUUGAAGUAUUAUGUUUGCAUUAAGGACUUGAAAAAAAAAAUAGUGGUUUGUAUUUAUUUUCUGCUGGCUGUAUGUUUCUUUGUAUGGUGCUUGGUUAUGCUUCAUGGACUAUGUAAAAAUACUAUGUAAUAACUGCUCUUUUGAGCUUAUUGAUUAGCAAGUGUUU